AUGGAAAAUUUUCCAUAUAUAGUAAUAUUAUCACAUAAUAAAGACAAAAUUCAAAAUUUCGUAAAAUAUUUAUUAACACAAUUCGAAGUUAUAGAACAUUAUAAUGAUGAAGAAUGGGAUCAAGUUUUAUGUGAGAAUAAAGAAGGUACAGAUGAUAAUUUAACAGAUUUUAUUUUUAAAAAAGAAGCAAAAAUAGAAAUUGUUAAUAAAUAUUAUCAAGCACAAGUUAUAAUAUUAUCAUGUAUUCCAUAUAGCUUAAAUGAAAAACAAAAUGACGAUUCAAUAAAAAAAAAAAUAAUUAACAAUAACCUUUUUAGUGAUCAUAAUAAAUAUAAAAAUUUAAAAUUAAAUUGUGAAGGUAUUAUUUUUUUAUUUAACAAAUUUAAUGAAGAUAGUAAAAAAAUAAUAAAUAAUAAUCCAUUUAUAAAUUUGGAAGCAAAAUGUAAUGAAUAUAUAAAAGACACAAAAAGUGGGAAAAUGAUAAAAAAUGAUGAUUUUGAUUUUUCUAAUUUAUAUAAAGAUAUAGGAGUUAAAAUUGCUAUUUUUCCAUUGUUAUUACAAAAAAAUGAAAACCAAAUACUCCAAUUUUGUACAGAAUAUUUUAUUGAAUGUUUGUAUAUAGAAUAUGAAUCUAACAAUACUGAUAACCAAAAUUUCGAUGCAAAUAAUAAAAUUAUAAAUCAAAAUAAAAAAAAAAUAAAUAAAAUUGAUGAAUUUUAUGACAAUGAUGCUGAAAGAUUUAUUGAAGCUUUGCAUUGUCAUAUGUGGAAAGGGUUACAAUUAAAAAACGGAAAAAUAAACAUUCCAAAUAAUGAAAAUACAAAAAAAAAUGACAAAAGCCAAGAUAUUUCAUUGAGUAAAGAAAAAUCACUCGAAUUAAAAAAUAACGAACAAAAAGAAAGCUCAAAAAAUUCAGAAGAAAAAUUGGAGAAAAAUGAAAAUCAAAAAAAAAAUGACCAAUCUGAAAAAAAGAAUAAUAGCGAUACACAUGAUAGAAAAGAUGAUAAAUUCAUGGAAAAUUUUAAUCAAAUCGUUGAAAAAAUUAAGUUAGCUAAAAUUGAAAAUAAAAAAUGUAAUAAUGAUUCAGAAAGGAGAAAAAAAGCCGAAAAUAUGAUUUUAGAAUUGCAACAAUAUUUUUAUGGUAUGGAUGAAGAAUAA